UACUGUCAUUGACGGACGCAUCAGCCAAUAGUAUCUUUGGAUUAACACGCAUCGUCCAAUGAAAAGUUACCAAACGCGGACUGAGCUGCAGCUGCCAUAUACAGCGCUUGUUGCAGUUCUUGUAUGUAGACAUUUUGUCGGUUUAGAAAAUUAUGGACGGCAUUAAUCUCAGGGAAUGGUAUUGCUGACGUCGUUGAAAAUCCAAAAGACCUCGGCAUCUAAGGCCAAAUCCAUUUAUAUAUUCAGAGGAAGGUGACAGAUAAACUCCAUCAUGCCUUUGGUGACACGAAGCAUCGAACCUCGGCACCUCUGUCGCGAGACACUGCCAAAUACGAUCAAGAGUGAACUGGAGUGUGUGACCAACAUCACACUUGCCAACAUAAUUCGCCAACUUGGAUCACUAAGUAAGUAUGCAGAGGAUGUGUUCGGGGAACUGUUUGUCCAGGCCAGCUCAUUUGCCGAACGGGUCAACACGCUGGGAGAGAGAGUGGACAAGCUGCAGGUCAAAGUCACCCAGCUGGACCCUAAAGAAGAGGAAGUUUCUCUUCAGGCAAUUACCAGCCGCAAAGCCUUCCACUCCAAUUUCAUCCAGGAUCAGCAGCUCUUCAUUAGGGCAUCAUUACCGCAGCCUAUCUAUGAGACCUAUCUGACCUGCAACCAGCCACCACCCCUCAACAAUCUGAGCUGUUACAGGGAGGAUGGUAAGGAGGCUCUGAAGUUCUACACUGAUCCGUCUUAUUUCUUUGACCUUUGGAAAGAGAAAAUGCUUCAAGAUACCAAGGACAUUAUGAAAGAGAAACGCAAACAUAAGAAGAAGAAAGAUGACAACCCUAACCGAAGGAACUUGAACCCGCGAAAGAUCAAAACACGUAAAGAUGAAUGGGAACGCCGGAAAAUGGGGGAGGAGUUUGUUGUACCCAAACACGAUGCCAUGGGCAACUCUUCCGAAGUGUUGAAUGGCAGUAUUGGGUCUGGUGAUGAUGGUUUUAAUCACUCUGAUAGCUAUUUGGACCAAAGCACUAACUCCUACAGCUAUGAUACCGGCUCUCCUCUCCCACCUCCAAUGCAAGAGGACUUCCCCCCACCUCCACCACCUCCAGACACCCCGUGUAAUGAUGUAUCUGGAGGUCCUCCUCCGAAGCGUAGUAGUCUUAUAAGCCCUAGUCAUCCUCCACCCGCUCCACCAGCGAUGUCUUCUUCUCCAGGCCGUCCGACUGUGGCUCCUCCCUUGGUACCACCGCCACCUCCACCUCCUGGUGGCAUGAUCCCACCUCCUCCACCACCUCUAGGUUUCGAUUCGCCCCCCUCUCCCCCACCAUUCUCCAGCAAUUCUGCUUCCACCCUACCUCCUCCACCACCCAUGGAAGAUGGUACUCCAGCUCCUCCACCGCCCCCCAUGGGAGGUGGUCCACCUCCUCCUCCCCCUCCGCCUCCCCCUCCAGGCCCUCCUCCACCCUCUGCUCCAGCCCCACCUCCCUCAGGAGGAGUCUCUGCUCCUGCCGCACCCAAAGCCCAGCCUGCUGCAGCCCAGGGCGAUGGUCGCAGUGACCUUCUGUCAGCUAUCCGUCAAGGAUUUAACCUGCGUAAAGUGGAGGAACAGCGAGAGCAGGAGAAGAGGGAUCACGUGGGCAAUGAUGUCGCAGCCAUCCUGUCUCGUCGCAUUGCCGUGGAGUGCAGCGACUCUGAGGAUGAUUCAUCCGAAUUUGAUGAUGAAGAGUGGUCUGACUAAAGCUAUCGCUCCGCUUUUCAUCACCUGUGUGAUGUCAUUAAGAUCAUUCCUUUUAGACCUCACACUUCUCAUAUUACCUGUUUACCUGCAGUGAGGCCAAAUGCAAAUAAGGGGAAGCGGGCCAAACCUGUGUGUGUGUGCAUUUGUGUGUCCAGAUGGUUGAGUCUAAUCUAAAUUAAUUAUUUAGUUGAUAAGCCUUCUUGUUUUUCAGAGCGCCUGCCUCUGUAUAAUGUGGCCAAAGGUAAACAGAGACUGUUUGUGUGUAUAUGUGUGUGUAUGUGUACUUCCAUAUGUUCCUUUUGAUGCAUCAGUAUCGUCUCUGUUAUAAUCCCACAUGAUUAAACAUUACUCUGUAUUAACUAAUCAACUAAAGCCUUCCUUGAAGCCAAGACUAGAGACAUUUUAUAAUGCAGAUGUUUAAAAUAGUAAGUUGUUUUGUGUCUAUGAUAGUUCUUGCACCUUGUAGGAUGAAACAACCUUGUAUUUCAUUGCAGUACAUAUUCACUCUCCAUGACCAAAAGUUUUAUUAGUUAAAUGGCAUUCAGCUGUGUCUGUGCUGUUUGGCAGCCCUCAGGUCUGACUGAAUGAUGUUUGUGUCAGCCUCACAGUACUACCAGUAGUUUUUUCUUUGUUUAGCCCAAGUGCCUGCUUCAUAAUGCCUGUUUUAAUGCCAAAUUUUUUUAGAAAUUAUGCCAGAUUUUGAAAUCAGUGAAAAGUGAGAUUGUUUCAUUUGAUGUAUGUUGGUAAUAAUUACGAUUAUUAUUUUUUUUUUAUCAGCAACUGAAAUAAAAUCUUAAAUCUUA